UGUAUAUCGAAUUAUACAUAGAUAUAUACAAGAUUGACACAGAUUUCAGAGUUAGAACUUGUGAUCCACCUGCGAACCUUUUUCGUUGAAAUUUUUUUGCUCGCCGCACUAAAAAGUUUCCUCCACCCCUGAUAUAAUGUGAUCACACAAUCAAAUUUAGGGAAAGCGGAAACUGAAAGAAGCUCAUCAUAUAUAUAUAUAUGUUUGUGUAUGUGUGUACCUUUAUCUCCCACCACCACUUGACAACUGGUGUUGGUGGCUUACAUCCCUGUAAGUUAGUGGUUCGGCAAAGAGACCAAUAAAAUAAGUACCAGGCUUCACUAAAAACUUUCCCCACCCCUGAUAUAAUGUGAUUACACAAUCAAAUUUAGGGAAAGCGGCAGCAAUAGGGUAUGUCAAAAAAUUAACUUGGAUUCCUUGAAUUAUGGAAACAAAUUAUUGAUAAAAUUAUUCUUUGCAAAGUUAAUGAUAAAAUAUGAUAAAACUUAUUUGAAAAUGGAUUUUUAAAAUGCGGUGAACAGCAUCCUGUCUAAACCCUACAGUUUUUCUACAUUAUUAGAAAUUUUACAUUAGAAUUUUCAGUGUUAAAAAGUAAGGAACAGGAAAGUCGUGACACAAUUGGAAUCUUCGAUGUUCAAAACAGAAAUCCGAAGGCACUUUUGUAAAAAAAAAACCCUAAAAGAUCGAAAAUAAUUUCGAUCAAGAAGAGCUGUGGUUAUUUAUCUAAAUGCAUUUACAUAUUCGUUUCAGCAAACCAAGUUCGAUUUUUACAUUUCCCAUUAUUACUGGUCAACCUUAAUAACCUCGGGUUUUUUUUUACAUGCAGAUUGUUAUUUCACUGGACAAUGCUUUUUUUGAUUUUUAACUUACUGUCAUUUGGGUACAUCUGAAAGGGCAAGUUAAUAUAACUGUUUCUAUGAAACCAGUCUUAUUUAUAUUAAGGUAAAAAUUAUUCUCUACACCGCCUACUUAGUAUUGUUGUACUUGAAACGUUAAUGUUUGGGAUAGCAUAGAACCACUUAAAUAUUUCAAGGACUUUAUUACCUCGUCUACAUGAUUAAAUAUUCCAUUCUAUUACAAGCUUACACCACAUCCUGAAUUCUUUACAAGGAAAUUGAUAUUGAUGAGCAAUUGAUGAAUGAAUAUCUUUAUUAACCUUUCUUCACAUUCGUCACACACACACACUUGUACGUUUCUACAUUUGAUGAUAAACAAUUCUGAUUUAUAUACACCAGACACUUGCACUCCUUUUAUAUAUAUAUAUAUAUAUAUAUAUAUAUAUAUAUAUAUAUAUAUACACACAAUUCACAAUUAUUUUCUUUCUUCGACAUCGGUUUUGGAUUAAUAUGAUUUAUUCCUUUCUACACAUCUGCAGAGUUUACAAUUAAUACACUUAAUUUAAGCCUGUCUUUGCUGAUUGCUUAAUUUGAUUACGUUGCUUUGGUAUUUAUUUAUUUAUUUAUUGACCUCAUUUUUAAGCUGCAUAUCACCCAUUAAACCAUAUCCAUAUUUCAUAACAUUGAAAUAGUAGCACAUAGGUUUGUCUGCAAAAAUAUGUUUGCAAUUUAAAAAGGACUCGGUUGGCAACAACUAUUCUAGGGUAAGUUGAAAAUAUAUCUACUCCGAUUAUUCCUCCCCACUUGCAAACAAAGUGCCAUACUAUCCAAGACAAGGAAUUGAACCACAAUAUAUUACAGUCAGAGAUAUUCCUUAGAUUUUGACAAUUCCUUAGAUUCCAGAGAUAUUCCUUAGAUUUUGACAAUUAAGAAUGAAUAUGGAGGACGUUAAAGUCUUGGAUUCUUCCAACAACACAACUGUUUUUACCAAUUUGGAUCCCGUGACGCAGACAUACACUGUUGUGAAACCUUUGGGCAGUGAGACAUUUACUAUACAAAGACUUUAUCACUGUGACAUAUGUGGUAAAUCUUUUAGUUCUAACCUUAAUCUAACGGAACAUAGGAGAUUUCACACAGGAGAAAAACCUUACAAAUGCGAUAUUUGUAGUGAUUCUUUUUUUUCUAACGAUGUGUUAAUAGGACACAAAAGGAUGCACGCUGGAGAAAAACCAUUCCAUUGCAAAAUAUGUGGGAAAUCAUAUGCCAAUAAUAGCGAUUUGAUUCGACAUAAAAGAAUACAUACUGGAGAAAAACUAUUCCGGUGUGAAACUUGUGGAAAAUCCUUCACCAAGAAUUCAGGACUUGUUACCCACGUACGUAUUCACACCGGAGAAAAGCCAUAUUCUUGUGACAUUUGCGGGAAAUCAUUCUCUCAGAAUUCCGUUCUUGGAGUUCACAAAAGAGUACACACAGGAGAAAAACCAUUCCUCUGUGAAAUAUGUGGAAAAUAUUUUAUAAACAACAGUGCCUUAACUACACACCAAAAAACACAUGCUGGGGAUAACUCUAGCUCUGAGAAAGACACCGGAGAAAAACCGUUUCCCUGUGAAAUUUGUGGUAAAUUUUUCUCUGACAAUUAUAAUCUUGCCAUCCAUAAACAUAGUCACACUGGAAACAAACCUUUCCGCUGUGGAAUAUGUGGAAGAUCGUUUGCUCUUAAUAGUUAUUUAAAAAGUCACAAGAGAAUACACACGGGAGAAAGGCCAUUCCAGUGUGAAGUAUGUGAAAAAAGUUUCAGUCAAAAAUCGAGUCUAGUUACUCAUAUACGUAUUCACACUGGAGAAACGCCAUACCACUGUGAAAUCUGUGGUAAAUCUUUCUCUCUUAAAUCCAGGCUUGUACAACAUAAAACAAUACACUCUGGAGAAAAACGCUAUGACUGUGAAGUCUGUGGCAAAUCGUUCUCUUUGAAUUCCAGUCUUGUACACCAUAAGACAAUGCACACAGGAGAAAGACCAUUCCACUGUGAAAUAUGUGGAAAAUCUUUUGUGGAUAAAGGUGAUUUAACAAGACACAAAAAAAUUCACAAUGAGGAGAAACCUAAGCACUGUGAAAUUUGUGGAAAAUCGUUUUCGGUUAAUUCUAGUCUUAUAGAUCACAAAAGAACACAUACUGGAGAAAAGCCAUAUCAUUGUGAAAUUUGUGGGAAAUCUUUCAUUCAGAUUUCACAUCUUGUAUGUCACAACAGAGUACACACUGGGGAGAAACGACAUCAUUGCGAAAUCUGUGGUAAAUCCUUCUCCUCUCGUUCGCGUCUUUUAUAUCACGAAACAACACACACCGGAGAGAAACCAUUCCACUGUGAUAUAUGUGGGAAACAUUUUGUGAAUAACAGUGCCUUGACGACUCACAAAAAGAUACACACCGGCGAGAAAGCUUAUCGCUGUGACAUAUGUGAGAAAGCUUUUGUGAAUAACAGUGAUUUAACCAGACACAAAAGAAUACAUACAGGUGAGAAACCCUGUCACUGUGAAAUAUGUGGAAAAUCGUUCAGUAAUAAUGCUAACCUUGUCAAUCAUGUAAGAAUCCACACUGGGGAAAAACCUUAUUAUUGUGAAAUUUGCGAGAAAUCGUUCAGAAGUAGUUCUAAUCUUGCCAGGCACAAAAAAAUUCACACUUGAAAAAAAAUCCUUCCUCUGUGAAUGACUAUGACGAUGUUGAUGACGAUGAUGAUGAUGAUCUUCAUUUAAGUGUCCAUGUUCCAUACUGGUACGCAUAGGACACUUUGACAGGAUCCAGUGUGUUUGAGGACUGCACUGUGCACCAGUAUUUGAUAUGGUUUCUAUAGCUUGGUUCACUUCUAAACACCAACCACUUCAUGGUGUGUAUUGUGUACUUUUUCUGUUUUUGUUUUUUGGUUUCUUUUUUUCUUUUUUUUUAUGAUACCAGCUCAGGUGAGAUUCCCAAUGCAGCUUCUGAGACUAAGAUUCCCUUCAUAUGAGUGGGACUACAGUAGAGAGAAAGGUGGAUUUAUUACUUACUUAUUUGUGCUUGCAGUGGCACUCAUACUGCUACCGACCUCUACUCUUUAUAAGAGUUCGGCUAGUCCAUUCUUCCAAUCUGCCAGGGGUGUCAAUGAUUCUUAAGACAUAAUUAAUUCAAAGCAAUGUGAAUAAAUUGACAGAAUGAUCUGGAUACUAAAGGGCUAACGAAGUACGGCCGCAUGGCUACUGACAUUAUUGACGAAAGGCUGGGAUUGACUGGGGUGGAGCUUGAAGAGAAAGAAAUAGUGGCGAUGAGGUGUCUGAAUGGACCCACAAAGUACGAAGUGAGUGGGGACAGGACAAUAGCAAGUAUGCGUGGGUAGAGGUUGCGUGAAAGUGUAUGGGAGAUUGAAGGAGGGUUAGAAUGAGGAAAUUGGUGCAGGGGUGAAUAUAAUGAAUGGAGAACAAGUUUUAAAAGAUAAGGAGGGAAGGUAGGCAACAACUGAGAGGGUUGAAGGACGGUUGUAGUGAUUGGGUGCAUAAGAGGUCAGGUGGUGAUCUCUCAUACAUCUGAGUUGAAGUAAGAGGAGAAUAGAAAACGACUGACAGGGUAAAAUAAGCGAGGAGGAAGUGUAACAGAAAUAGUAAUAAUAGUAUAGUAGACAGGUAGUGAGCUGGCAAAAUCAUUAGCAUGCUGGGCAAAAUGCUUACUGAACAUAGGUAAUCCAAUCCAGUAGACAGGACAAAACUGAGAAGAGAGAUAACAUGUUCCGUAGCCCCCCCCCCCCCAGUGCAGGAGCAGAGAGGCAAGCGUAGUGUAUGAGAGAGUGAGAACUGACUGGGUUCAUGUAGUGUCUAUUCAGACAUUCCCAAUCCCACAUCACCCUUGUCCAAUAUCCCAGGUUCUUUCACCCGGUUUUUCCUCUGCACCCCCCCUCCCGCCAUAUCCCUCCCUGUAGGUGUUCAUUUACAAAGGUUUGAGAGGAACGUUAAUGGCAUCAAUCCCCACCAGUCUAAGAGAGCCAGCACAGGCCAUAAGUACUGUCCCUUUCUGCAUUCCCAGCCAGUAAAAAAGUGGUUAAGUGAAUAAUAUUUAUCACGGUGAGAUGUGUCAAAGAAUUAUUUUCUUUGAAGUUUUUCUUGUAGUCUACAAAAGUGUUCUUGUUUCAGGAAAAAAACAUCUCAUUAGCCCUUUCACUGCAGAAAUCAGAUAUUUCCACUAAAAAUGUCGUUAACCUUAAUUGCAGAAAAUAGUUUUAUAUGUCAAUCUAUCUUUUGUUGAGGAAUGUCAUGUUUGAAAUUGUUUUUGUUAAGAUAUGCCAAGUUUAUAAAGACAACUGAUUCUAUUUCUUGUUAGAUAUUUAAGAUCAUUACCGGAAUAAUUAUUAAAUAAAUUUGAUUUUGCAGUUAAAGGGUCAUAAUAUUUAGGGAAGCCUAAGGCUGUGAACUGGCAGAAACGUUAGGACGCCAGGCGAAAUGCUUAGUGGUAUUUUGUCUGUCUUUACAUUCUGAGUUCGAAUUCCGCUGAAGUCGACUUUGCCUUUCGUCUUUUUGGAGUUGAUAAAUUAAGUACCAGUUGUGUAAUGGGGGUCGAUCUAAUCGACUGGCCCCUUCCCCUGAAAUUUCAGGCCUUGUACCAAGAAUACAAAAGAAUAUUUAGGGAAGCUUUGUUUGGGAAUCCUAUACUCUCAUCAUCAUCAUCAUCAUCAUCGUUUAACGUCCGCUUUCCAUGCUAGCAUGGGUUGGACGACUUGACUGAGGACUGGUGAAACCAGAUGGCAACACCAGGCUCCAAUCUAAAUUUGGCAGAGUUUCUACAGCUGGAUGCCCUUCCUAAUGCCAACCACUCAGAGCGUGUAGUCCAUUCAGAGAGUAGUUAACAAAUUAUUAACCCGGGAUAGAAAUCUGAACCGGUGUGAAAUGUGUGCAGAAAUAUGUGUGAAAUAUAUGCAGUUUGAAGGAAACCUAGACUUGUAAUCCACAGCUGAUUACUAGAGAGGAAAAUAAAAUAGUAUUAUUGUGAAGUAUGUUGGAAAUAUAUUUUGUGUACUAUAAACGGUAAAGACCCUGUUUUUAGGUUACGGAUGACCAUGGGAUUGCACCUGGAAAGUUCUCCUUUGAGGCACAAGUCUGAGCAAGGUUAUUUAUGGAAGAUCAGCAGUCGCCCAUGCAUACCAGCCUCUCCUCUCCAUGCCACCGAUGUCAUCCAAGGGAAAGGCAAAGGGGUCCGAUACAGCUUGGCACCAGUGAUGUCGCAACUCAUUUCUACAGUUGAGUGAACUGGAGCAAUGAAAAUAAAGUGUCUUGCUCAAGAAUAACAGCCCAGUCCAGAAAUUGAACCCACUACCUCAUGAUUGUAAGCCCAACGCUCUAACCACUGAGCUAUGUGCCUUCAAUGUGUGCUGUAAUCUUGAAAUUUAUAAAUAUGUCUUGGAAAAAGAAUUAUGUGUCAUUAAAUUUCAUUAACCUUAAUUGUGGAAAGCAGUUUUAUUAUACCAAUCUUUUUUUUUUUGUUGAGGAAUGUCAUCACUUGACAACCGGUGUUGGUGUGUUUAUGUCCUCUUAAUUUAGAAGUUUGGUAAAAGAGAUCAAUAAAAUAAAUACUAAGCUUCAGAAAUAAGUCCUGAGGUUGAUUUAUUUGACAAAACCCCUUCAAGGUAGUGCUCCAACAUGACCGCACUCAAAUGACUGCAACAAGUAAAAAAACAAACAAUAAAAAUAAAAUAAAGAUAAAAGAAUUAAGUGAGUGAUUUGUUAUAUCUUACCUCUUAGAUUUUUGAUAAAAUGCUCAGAGCAAAAUGUUAAUAAAAAUUUAAUUUUAUAAAUCUCAUGAAAUUGAAAUUAAAGUUUUAUAACAGCAA